GCGAAAAAAGGCGAAUUAAAGAGCUCAAUUAAACAAUAGCGGCGAGUAGGUCGCAACCAACCCAUGCCCAUAAAAGAAUACCCAACAGGUUGUCCUUAGAUGUACAGCUUUCUGGUGGGGGUUCGUACAGUUUUCAACCGCAAAAAGUCCGAUUGUUGCGAUCAGUUUCGAAAGCGCGCUUACGAAGUUUUGGUGUGGUGCGGCAUUUGGAUUUUGUACCAUUUUCUCGCUGUAUUUAUUCUCAUACUAAAAUUACUAAAUCGUCAUGGGUGGUAUGACUCAAAGACCAUGGACUCCGACCAAAAGACGUGGGCCAAUCGCAGCUGAAUAUAACAGUCCAGGUCCGGCCUGUGUUUCUCUGCCCUCCUACAUCGGUAAAAAACCUUUGGAAGCCAAAACAGGGAGCGCUCCCGCUUUCAGUUUCGGGGCGAAGCCCAACGCCAAGUUGGAAAACGUAGGCCCAGGCCCUGGCCAGUACAACGUCACUGGUCUCAGUGCUAAAGGCAAGGACACGCCACCAGCUUUAAGUCUGCACAGCAGGCCUAAAGAUCCGCGGGCCGACAACUUUCCGGCGCCCGGAGACUACAACCCCGAUAAGGCUGAAAAAGUAGUUCAUGACAACUCGCCUAAAUACACUUUUGGGCUGAAGACCAAUGUGGGAAAGCCUGUUGAUACUCCUGCUCCUAACGCUUAUAAACCUUUUACGCGUGCCAGUAGCCACAGGUACUCGUUUGGACGAAGAACGCCGAUUGGUAAAUUCUCAAACAGCCCUGCACCCAAUCUAUACAAAGUACCGGAAUCCGAGAACGCACCCAAGUACACGUUCGGUGGCAAGGCACCAGAAGCGAAACCCUCUAACACGCCCGCACCUAACGAGUACAACAUCCCCACAGGAGAAAAACUGGAUAAUACUCCAAAGUAUACUUUCGGAGUUAAGCCUGAACUGCCCAAACCCUUUGAUAUUCCCGCCCCUAAUGUCUACAACAUUCCCACUGGCGAAAAGCUGGAUAAUACACCAAAGUACUCUUUUGGAGUCAAGCCGGAUUUGCCCAAACCUUUCAAUAUACCCGCCCCCAAUGAGUACAACGUAGAGAAAGCUGAUUCCGUAAUGCUCGAACAUACUCCCAAAUACAGCUUCGGAUGUAAACUAAACUCGGAAAAACCUGCGGAAACUCCUGCCCCUAAUGUCUACAACAUUCCCUCCGAGGUUGGCGACAAAAAGGGAGCGCCUGCUUACACCAUUUCGGGACGAAACAAGGAACCGCUAGACGAAAGGAUUAAGAACCCGGGACCGGGACAAUACAACAACGUUGAUCCGGAAAACUACAAAAACCACUCCCCGUCCUACACAAUUAGUGGCAGGACCAACGUCCCGAAGGAUGACACCAUUCCCGGACCAGGAGUCUAUUCUCCGGAAAAGGUUUUGCUUGAGUUCCCGCCGGCCCACAGUUUCGGAAUUCGACACUCCAUUUACGCCGACCAUUACUAAACACUAAACGAAACACUCCGAAUUCGACUCGACUGCCCUGUUUGGGACUUUCAUGUUUUCCUUGUUGGUACAUUGUAGUGAAUGAAUUUUUUAAACGUAAAUCCGCAAUAACUGAGCUUUGAAUAAUUGCGCCAUUUAGUGGAAACUCAAUCAGCCAAAAACGACAAUAAAAAAAAUAAAAAACUGAUUGAGUUUCGAUCUUUGCCAAUCGCAUUCGCUUAUUAAUAUUAAAUGGGCUUGUUCCUCAUUACGCUCUCACAUAUGUUAAGGAUAAAAUACACCAUGUUUUAAUGUAUGUUUUAAUAAAGAAUAAAACCAA